CCCGGGCGUCCCGGCUCGGGGACACCGCUGGCCUGCUGCCUUACAUGGGCAAACCUCUCAACUCACUCAGACGGCUGGAAUUUCAGCGCGUGACGUCACCGCCUACAACUCUCCCAGAAUUUCUGGAUCAAGAAGUUUCACUUUUUUUCUGGUGGGAUUGCAGCCUCUCGUUUUAUUUCCUCGAAAACGAGAUAUCAUCACAAGGUGACGGGCGUCGCUUCAACAACCUUCCAGGAACCCUGCACAUCCAGAGUGGAGACAAGGUGUCUGAUCCUGAAGUCUCUGCCAUCGCUGAGUGUUACAGUUUGGAACCAUGUGGAACAGCAACGACCAGACGGGACAAGUGGCCGCCAGGAUGGAGACCACUUUGGGCAGCGCGAGCAUCUCCAUCUCCCAGCAGCAGGAUCCCAAGAAAUUUGCGCCCGUGGUCGCACCAAAGCCCAAGUUCAACCCGUACAAAGCUGCAGGAGAGUCCUCCUUCUCUGACCCCUCAGCGGACUACCCCCCACCUCCGCCACCUGCCGAAGAGUCAACCGGUUUCUCACCGCCGCCUGGUUCAUUCCCGUCUCCUCCACCGUUGAACUCCUGCGAUUUUCAGAUGGGCGGACCGGGGAAGACGCUAGAGGAGAGGCGCUCCAGCCUGGACGCUGAGAUCGACUCCCUCACCAGCAUCCUGGCCGACCUGGAGAGCAGCUCGCCCUACAAGCUACGCACCCCCCAAAACUCCUCGGCAGCCUCCACCCCCAGUGCUCCAGUGACGGGUUACAAGCGCAUGGUCAUCCCAAACCAGCCGCCGCUGACUGCCACAAAGAAGUCUACGCCCAAACCUCAGGCCCCUGGGGGGGUCUCGUCCACCCCUCCUUCUCCUGCCUCCCCUGUGGUAAAGGCUCAAAGCCACGCCGCUCCUCAGCCUGUACCAGCCUCCUAUGCCACAGCCUCAACCCCGAGCCAGCCCACUUUCAACGUCCAGGUGAGGUCGGCCCAGCCCGGCCCCCAACAUCAAGCCCCAAUUGGCCACAACUUUGGCCAGCAGCCAAUCCGGGGCCCUGCACAGGUGCAGUACAUGCCCGCCCAGCCCAAAAGUCCUGACUUUGCCUAUGGACCACCACAGCCUGGGUUUUCCCAGAUGGCUCCGAUCGGAUACCAAGAACAUCCCUAUACAACACCCCAAGGUGUCGGCAUAAGUCCCAGGAGACCUGAGCCCGCCCCCGUCCAGGCUUACCAACCUCCAGGCCCCAGAAAGACCUACAUCACCGAUGUACCACCAAGUCUGGUUCCUUACACUGCUGGACCAGCUGUUCCGCCAAAGGGCGGCGCUCCAAUGGCCCACCCGGAGGACGAGCUAGAGCGCCUGACCAAGAAGAUGCUGUUUGACAUGGACAACCCGCCAUCCCAGGAAUACUUUGGGCGCUGCGCCAGCUGCGGAGAGAACGUGGUGGGUGAAGGCACCGGCUGCACCGCCAUGGACCAGGUCUUCCACGUGGACUGCUUCGUCUGCAUGACCUGCAGCAGCAAGCUGCGCGGCAAGCCUUUCUACGCCGUGGAGAAGAAGGCCUUCUGUGAGCCCUGCUACAUCAACACCCUGGAGACCUGCACCAUCUGCAGUAAGCCCAUCAUGGAGCGCAUCCUGCGGGCCACGGGGAAAGCCUACCACCCCCACUGCUUCACCUGCGUGGUGUGCCACCGCAGCCUGGACGGCAUCCCGUUCACCGUGGACGCUUCCAACCACAUCCACUGCAUCGAGGACUUCCACAAGAAGUUUGCCCCGCGCUGCUGUGUGUGCUCUGAGCCCAUAAUGCCGGCACCGGGCCAGGAGGAGACCGUCCGCAUCGUGGCUCUGGACCGUGACUUCCACGUUCAGUGUUACCGCUGUGAGGACUGCAGCUCUCUGCUCUCGGAGGGGGACAACCAGGGCUGCUACCCUCUGGACGGACACGUCCUCUGCAAAAACUGUAACAGCAACCGCAUCCAGGACCUCACCGCCAAGGCCACCACGGACCUCUGAGCGCUCGCCGCGCCGCCACCUCCACUGUGAUAUCCCUCAGCCCUCGCUCCCUCUCUCCACCCCCCCCCCACCCCCACCCACCCUCGCAAACAUACAGAUCCACAGACGCUUGCAUUCCUCACUAUAUAUAUAUAUAUAUAUCCAUACAUAUAUACAUAUUCACUUCCAGUAAUAGCAGCAUCACGUUGACUUGCGUACACGUAUGUAUUGACUCGGUACAACCACAGAGGCUGUGUUGGGUUUUUAUCUGUGCUGUUAAAGGAACAUUUUGGGAAACGUGCUUGUACUCUUUCUCACAGAGAGUCAGAUGAGGCUACUGUCAUGUCAUACAGCAAAAUCUUGUUUAAGAAGAAGGUGGUGCUAUACAACUAAAAAAUGAGUACAUUGUUCUGAUAGUCAGUGCGUUAAAUAUAAAGCUAAAAUCAAAAGGCGGAUAGAAAACAGCCAUGCUGGCUUUGUUAAGUCUUUUUUAUAAUAGGUAGCUGCUGGCAAAGAAAUAGUGGUAUUAGAAGUAAAAAGCAACAUCUCACUUUUAAACUUCUGUUUUUAUACAAAAAAAGCCGUUCUGUGACAGCUACACUAACUUUUUACAGUCCUUAUGCUAAGCUAAAGUAACAACGCUGAACUAAAUAUUGAUCUUCUCAUCUAACUCUCGGUGAGAAGGCAAACACGUGUUUCUCAAAAUGCCUUAAGGCAAACUUCUUAAAAUCACUCAAGGAUCCACCGGUUAGCAGUUCCAACACACAUCAUCACUCAGUAUUAUUAUCUCAAAUCAUAAUCAUCAUCAACGCCAAAUGUUUGGGGUCCAAAUGGGGUCUGACUCCACCAAAACAUGCAACAUGUUAAGCACACCUGCCCUGCUGGGGGUGUGUGUGUGUGUGUGUGUGUGUGUGUGUGUGUGUCAGUAUUCAGGAACGUCUCCUUCUUCUAUAGUCUUUGAUCUACAGACGGUACUCUGAUAGGAAUAACAGUAAAAAACAGUUCUGCACAGGUGAGCACCAAAGAAUUGAAUUUAAGCUGCCAUAUCUACUGCAUGCGGAUCUGCAUGCGCCUUUAAUGAACGAUCCAAUCUAUCAGCCGGGACCACAGGAAAUCAAGUCUAAUCCUCACUAGGCAGCUGUUUUAAGAAAAAUGUUUCCUUUUGUACUUUCCUAUGGAAUUUGCUUCUAUGCAUACAAUAGAUCAUUUGCUGUUGGCCUGAACAUUACAACCAUGGCUCUCCAUUCGUCAGAUGCGGCUUAAUAGUUGAGAUAAACUCAUCCACAGUGACACAGGUUGGAAUAAUGGUUGUAGUGUACGUGGUCCGACAGAGUAGACGGAUUAGAGGUGGCUGCAAUUUUUGAUGUUGGUUGCAUUGACACUUUAUAAGAGGCCUUUAUGAAAAAGGAAAUAUUUUACCUGUACAGAGAGUCCUUAUGGUGAUCCUUUAAUCAAAGACUCUGCUGUUGGUACUGUGUGACUUUGUGCGUCGCUGUGCUGAUCAUAAUGAAUUGUGACACUGAUCUGUUAUAUUUAAAUGGGGGGAUUUUAAGUCGAUGGGCAAAGAAGGGACCACAAGAGUUUCCCAUGAAAAUGAUUGAUUUUUAUCUGUUCCAUCCAAGAACGACAGCCAGUUGACCAGCAUUUUGACAGUUUGGUUUAGUCACUAGAGCCAUACGAUGAGUUAAAGGUACCCUGUAUAGUUUCUGGUUCAGUUGUGUUUUUAUGAUCGAGUCCCUGAGGGAGAGGUGCGGAUUCCCGUUGAAUCUGAUUGGUCGAUUUAGUAUCAGAAUCGUCAUCGCAAAAAUACCCCAAAUGCUGUCAGAUGGGGGGGGGGGUCCUGUGUCCUAGAGCCCCUUGUGUCAUAAUCUGUCCAUUGUUUUGCGCUUCUACAUGUGCCUUAAAAGGCCGUGAAGAUGACGACCACAUGCUAGCAAAUAAGGAUGUAAACGUCGUACAUUUGUUUGUUUUUUCUUAGUCUUUGCGAUGGAUUUGACGGUGCCGAUGUGUUACCGGGGUACACGCUUUGUAAAUCACUGGGCUACUAAGCCUGGUAACGAAUUACAACAUAUUUUCUACACAGAAGUAGUUAAGUCUGUGCACUGCUGCUCCAGUAGUUUCUCAUCGUGUCCUCAGGAGUGUUUCCAUCGAUAUAUUGAGCGCAGUUCAGCGGUCACAUAGAAACAGCCACGCCAAGUAUUUAACAACCAACAAGUGCUCAGCACGUAUGCCAGGGACACAUUUUACACUCCUCUCCAGCAGUUCUUUUCUUUUUAAUCUCAUAUUCCUAUUGGGUUGCUAUAAAUAAGUCAAAAUGUAAGAGAAACGCUGUGCGUCUCCUGAUUUGAUCUCUAACAGAACAUCACACCGGCUACACGAGGCCACACUUAGGUCCAUCUCAUCGGCUAAUUGAACAGCUGACUCAGCAAUCCAGCUGGUUAUCGGUUGUCAGGCAACGUGGUAUUUCAUCACGCGCGUUGCUAUGUAGGUUUCGGCCCUCACAUUUGUUGCCGUGGAGCUCGAAUCAGUCGGCAGCUCCGGGUGGCCUUCUGUGAGAGGUCAAUGAAGGGCUUUCAUGAUCAGACAUUAGAGGUACAGCGUGACUAAAUAGUUUGUUAACAUGCUCCUGCAGUGCUCCUUCCCAAAAACAAAAGACACGGCCAGUCAGUGAGGAGACCUUUGUGCUUUUGUUGAUCUCAUUCUAACACUGAGGCAAUAUGUAUCGGCAGCGUCAGCCGUGCUACGAGGCAUGACCAUUGCACAGCCGAACCAUUCAGGUGUUAUCAUGCAUGCAGCAAUGUCGCCAUGUGAAAAUAAACAGUAGUUUACAACGCAAUGUGUAAUUCAGCCAAUCGGGUCGAUUGCUUGGGAACACAAUGGACCUGUUAUGUUGCACAUUGCCAAAGAGGCUUAAAAUAGGAACUUUAUCACAUUAUUUAAUAUGGAAAACCUUUGUUUUAAUCUAGGCUUUUUUUCUGAUUUUAAACGAUUUUGAUUAAACAUUUUAAAAUGUGUUAUCUUUGGCUUAUUAGCACAUGUUUUCUACCAGACGUCCCCUGGCAGUCACAGUGGAACCUUCAUGUGCUCUAAAAGCAGAAUCCAGCUCUCCUGUUUUUCUUUGAAAGGGCGGUUUGUGAACAUGUCUUCUGUCCCAAACCACAGUUAACAGAGCCAAAUGAUUUUAUUCCUUUUCUGUUUUUAUUCGUCCAGUGCAUUUGUGUUGUUUUGUCCCACCUGUGUUUGUAAAAGUGCCUUUUAACCCAGCGGCAUCCAAUCGCAGUAGAAACACGUCGCCCAUGUUUCGGGUCAAGUCUGCAUCCACGCGGUGGAGACCUCCAUCUGCCUUCAAAGGCGUCGAGGCCUUCAGCCUGUCGUUGUUCAAGUGCAAGUCUACCAGUGUUUCUCUCUCCCUUUCUUCAAUAAAAGCUUUGCAACA